AUGUCGUUUGCAGGGCUGCAGGAGCGCCUGACGGCCCUCCACGACUCGACGGGCCAGCUCCGGACGCUCGUCGACCGUCUCGCCCACCUCACCUUCCAGCCAGGUGCGGUGCCCGAUGUGAGCACCGACGACGACGAGGAUGGCGGCGUCCUCGGCGAGCUGAGCGCCGAGAUUGCGCAGCUACUCAAAGCCGGCGUCGAGGAGCAGGAGCUGCUCCGGGAAGAGGCCAACUACGUGCGGCCCGACGGCCACGAAAAGGAGAGGCUGAUGGAAGGCGUCGUGCGCGUGGGCACUGAGCUUACAAAACUCCGCGUAGCGUUUCGAAAAGCGCGGCUACAAGCUAAAAGAAACUUGGUCGAGGUGCAAAAGCUCGAGCGAAAACUUCUACUCCAAUCAUAUUCCGCACCGGUCCCCGAAUCCGAACCCCUCGACGAAAACGACGAGACUGCUGCCGCUGCCGCUGCCGCUGCCACCACCACCCAGCAGCAAAUAUAUCCCCGCCACCACCAACCCCGGAGCAUCCACCAGAGUCGGUCCGGGCUUUCCGAGGAGGAUCAGCGGACCGUGGGCGCGAGCAGCAGCGUGACGGCGUCGCUGCGGCGAGCUCACGACCUCGUCGCGUCGGAGCUGGGCCGCAGCGAGUACGCGCACCAGACGCUGAGCGAGUCGUCGGCGGCGCUGCGGCGCCUCGACGACAGCUACGGCUCGCUCGACUCGAUGCUGGGGCGGUCGCGUGAGCUGCUCGGCACGCUGCUGCGCUCGCAAAAGAGCGACACGUGGUACCUGCAGACGGCGUUUUACAUGCUCGCCACCACGGCUGCGUGGCUGGUAUUUCGGAGGCUGCUGUACGGGCCGCUGUGGUGGCUGGUGCUGCUGCCGCUGCGGAUACUGUUUGGCGUCGGAAGCACGGCGACGAGGGCGGUGCUGGCAAAGGGGAGGGCGCCGGCAGACGUGGUCAAAGAAGGGUCAGUGGGCGGUGGUGUGACAGAGGACAAGAGGGAGGCUGAGGGGAUGCCGGACGAGGCGCUGCCGACGGUAAAAGUUGUGUCGAGGGACGGAAAGAUGGAUGAGGAGGAAGAGGUGGUGGAAGCUGUACGCGAGGCAAUAAAACAGGCGGUAGAACAGGCGGCAGAACAGGCGGUUGAGGAAGCAGAGGUGCUGGAACAGGCGUCGAGUGAGCCCGCCCAAGACGAGUCGGCGGGUGAUGAAGAACCUCUGGGAGAGGCGCAAGGUCAAGGCACUUACGCCAGCACAGAGGAGGAGCCUGUGCUGCAAAGGGACGAAUUAUAA